CUUCUUGUCAGUGACGACUGACGACCCGCGAAAAAACAGUUCGUGACGGGAAACGGUGAGGAGAGGACGCACUCGUAUUGUCUCCUGAAGUUAACCAACAUCGACUGCUUGACAGACCAGAAGGAUUACAAAGGAUGCAACAGACUCCUCCUGGCUGUACCAGUCCUUCACGCGGGAUCCUGGGGAGUAUCCUCCUCGUGACCCUCGCCGUGACAGCGUCCUUGGUCAGCCCUACGGUGGGAAGUUUCGUGUAUGUACACCUGUACAAGACGUUAAGCCAAGUGGAUGUUACUGAAGUGAAAUUGGACGCCCCAUCAAUUUGUUACUGCAGGAUGUACUGCAUGGUGCUGCCCAACUGCACCGCGGUUACUGCCAAUUCAACGCAGUCAGGUCCCAUCGACUGCUUCUUCAGUGGGCACCAACCUCUGAAGAGCGGUCUAGAACCCCAAGGCUCAUCUUUUACCUUCACAAAAACAGAUUGCAUUACACCUUUCACUGCGGUUGAUGAAGUCGGCUGUUUGAACUUCGUCCAGGAAACGAAGACAUUUACUGAUGCCCAAAAUGCUUGCAAAUCAAUGGACGCCGAACUUUAUGAUGCCCCAUCCCCGGAGAAGUUUGGUCUGCUCCGUCAAUAUCUUCUGGGAAAGAAGCUGGGUAGUAAUCUCUGGGUGGGAGUCAAAGACAGAGAAUGGAAAAGAAGUAAUCGCCCAGUAAAUAAUGAAAGUGAAUGGGCUUUAGGAGACCCAAACGAGGAUCCUAGUUUUUGUGCCAGAAUGGGUGGGUCUGACUACAAACUCAUGGAUAGAGACUGUCAAUUUCAAUACUAUUACAUUUGCCAAAGUGCAUAAGUGUCACACGGUUAGAAACCAACAUGUGAGCUUGCUGGGGGGCCCUAAGCAUUCAAUAAUAAUAAUAAUAAUAAUAAUAAUAAUAAUAAUAAUAAUAAUAAUAAUAAUAAUAAUAAUAAUAUCUCGGAAGAAGACCCUCUCUCACUCACACUUCAUUAAUCAGGUUCUCAAUCUCUCGAAUAAGUUUUUUUUUUUUUUUUUUUUGCAGCAGAUAAAUCAUAUAAUUUAUCAGCUGUCUAAAGUUCAUUUAUUCCUUGGCGUUUCGGUAGUACUGUACCAUUUUUCAAAAGGCAAGUGAAGCCAGGAAUACAACAAUGUCAUAUUUAUACCCGCAGGCAGGCAUACGGAAAUUUUAGGCAAUUUUUGAUUGGUUGUUAAAGUUGCGGGGUGUUGGGGGCGGGGGGCACUCCUAUUUCUGUGGUCUCCAACCCGUGGGGCAUGGGCUGAUGAUCAGGUGGGCGAAGGACAAAAAUAAAUAAUGUAGAACUGAAAGGUAAAUAAACUAUAGAAUUUAUGAAAAUUUAUAUUUUGGAUUUAUGGUAAUACGUAACUAUACGUUUCAUUUUGAACUUGUCAAUUCCUAUUCUAAAUCUGAAGUAGUGGCCCAUGGGUAUUUGGAGAUAUCUAAAGUAGGCCAUGACCUCAAAAAGGUUGAAGACCACUGUCCUAUUGGCUGGGAGUGGAAUGGUUCACCCGGGAGAGUCUGUCUAAUUGACGUGGGUACUGGGCACUGGGCACUGAUUGGCUGGCGCAGGUCCCAGGAGUUCUGACCAUUGCAUGCUGCCUGAAGCAGCAGGCAGCUGAAUUGUCAGCCCAUGGGCAUGCCUUGCCAUUCUCCGAGAGGUGGUAGGGAGAAGAGGUGUUUCCCGGGCUGUGUUCCACGAUAUUGACUUCAAUUGAUCAUCCUGAAUUGAAGCACCAGCGAUAACCAGGGCUCCAAUA